GAUUCUCAAAUAAACUUUGUGUUUUCUUUAUUUUCUUCUUUGAAUUUCUGCACUUUGCUUUUCAAGUUUGAAUAUACUGAUUGGAUGAUUAAAGUUCAUCCUAGUGGGUAUUGUACCCUUGGGAUAACGUUUCCUACAUAGAGGUGGAAACUAUUAUCCUUACAAAAGGUUCUUGAAAUUGCCUUACCAACAACAAUUGCAUCUACAACUCUCUACAUACAAUUGUGAUCACUGUGCAAGCGGUUGCCAAGCGAGACUUCCCACAAAACCCAAAGAAGAAUGACAUGAGACAGCCAGAAUGGCUCCUCACACAUGACCACAGUGCAGUCUUUCCAUGCAUUGGGAGUGUGACGGUGCCACCAGCUUUUAUAACUCACCUUCCAUACACUGGCAGCAGUGGCAGAACUGGAUCAAAUUAUGUUCCAGGUGGUGACGACAAUUUCGUCCCAAAUCGUCGCUUUGAGGUGCCAAAUCCUGGCAGCAGCACUGGCCCUGGUGCUUCACCAUUAAAGCAUCCUUGAGUGUGUUCAGUCAGGCAUCAAUAGAGGAAUAAAUGUGCUAGAUGCAAUGUGAAACUUUCAGUAAGAUCUCUAGAUGUUGUCUUAGAACUGUCCUUGUAGUGAAUUCCCUGUCUAUUAUGUUUGCGAUGUUUUUUCAAAGAUGGAACGUGCGUGCUUGUCUGCCAGAGGUGUAUUGUGUAUGUGUAUGUCAUUCUAAUGAAGUCUCCAGUCUGAAUGUUUGCUACUCUAUGGUUAUGUAUCUUGAUUUGCAACUUCAUGGGCCUACUGUGUUUUCUUCUUUUGGAUCCUACAGGCACCUCAGAUU